UAUAAUGUAAUUAAAAGUUUUGCAAGAGAAAGGAUUGUUGUCUUCCAGUUUAGGUUCACUUGGCGUAAUGAAUUCUUUACCAGAGUUCGUAGCAAACAUACAUUACAACAUAGAUUGUCCGAGUGAAAAUUUUAUUGCCUAAUGUUCAUGAAAACGGUCAAAGUUUACAGCUUUUUUAGAAUCAAACUUAAUAAGCAUAUAUACUUACUUUUUGAACAAAUGUGAGCCUGGAUGUUAUUAUAACUUUUUUUAAAGUGCCUUGAUAGGAUUAAAUUCCACCACCCUUGGCGUGACCAUGUGUCCCUAUUUUUCACAUUGUGCUGAAUCAAGUAGACGAAAACUUUUAUAAGAAGCUUAAUGGCAUGAUAGCUUAUACUCUUAAUUGCCAUUCAACGUUAGUAGCAAAGUCGUUCCUCUCUUGAACCACUUGAAUGCAAUAUUAAUACUGAUAUGCAAAUCUGUUGCUCAUCAUUUCCCAGAUAAUAGUAUAUUGUAUUCAAUUUGGUGAAAAGACAAGAAAUUUUGCGUAAGAAGAUUUAACUAUCUACCAACUUGGUAAAAAUCACCUAGAAUAAGUAAUGUAUUGACUUUGAAAAACAAAAUUCUUUAAAAGCCCGCGAAGAGCUAAUUGCAUAAAUGGAGUGUUUUUCCUAAACCGUAAUGGCUACAUCAGUUACACCCAUAUUCGUUUAGAAAUCUUGUCAUUUUAUUUCUUAUUUAAACGUUUAAAUCUACGUUUCUCAAUAUGAACUUCAUUGGAUUCCACUUGCCUGUUGUUUCUAAAUAUUGCAGUAUAAGUCUUGAACCACUAUAAACCACUGAAAAUGUCUAUUUCGAUAAAUAAACUUUAUAUAAAUUAAAAUUCGAUAUUUUGAACUUGCAUUGGCAGUAGUAAAAUAAACGUAUGGAUGGAUUUGUGUUUACUUUCCUUGACCUUUCUUAUUCCUGGCUCGUGAGACAAACCAGACACCGCAUAUUUUUUAUUUUUUAAGCAUAAGCUUUUAAGCUUGUACUAAGUAAAUUGUCCAGUCUAAUUCAACCCAUCAAUCGGUCACCAUCACAUUGCUACAUCAAAUAACCAUCAGAUGAGUAUAGGUGGUUGACAUUUUAUUUAUUCCCUGUUUAUGUACACAUUAUUGUAUGUUUGUUGAUGGCAACACUAGCAUUGAGGAGCCCCCAAAUAACCCAGCAUGAAUGGGGUUAAUGCGUACAAGUUUUUGACAAAAUCUCAACCUUGACGUUCUAAUGAACCGGGUUCUUAUAAAAAAGUGUAUUUUAUUUAAACACUAAAAAAUUUACUAUAGUUCACAAUGUAAAAAUUUUAAAACUUGACACGUCGUUUCCCAUUCGAUUAUUUACAUGUAUAGUUUUAAUAUGCGAGAACGUCACUGUAUUUUUCAUCACAAGAGGACGUCAACCGAAGGUGUCCAAGUCAAUCUUACAAUCACAAUACACAGAAUCCUUUUUACUAUAGUGCUAUAUGUUCGAAGUACUAUAUGCUAUAUGUUCAAAGUAAUAUAUACUAUAUGUUUGAAGUACUAUAUGCUAUAUGUUCAAAGUAAUAUAUACCAUAUGUUUGCAUAUUAUCUUUGGUUAUGUUAUCACUUAUUUGGCAUCGGUUGUCUUUUAUUACCAUCUAUCUAUCCAUUAUUCUUUCUUUCACUUUCUACUUAACGUCAUAAUACAGUAAUUGUGAACAACUAUAAUGGAACAUUAAUAGUUUAUGGAUGGUAUUGUCGUCAUAAUACUCUGGAGAAAAACUCUUUAUAAUGUUUAAUAAUCAUCAAGAUGUCUUAUGACUUUUGAAUGUCAAUUUUUUGUACAGCAAAAACAAAAUGGUUAAUUUUUUCUGGGUACUUGUUGUUAUCUUUUAUGCACCGUCUAUCUGUCAAUAUGUUGAACAAUCUUCUUCCAGUUUGUGUGAUUAUGUUUUCGUGGACAUACUCUCGCGUGUAGACUUGGCUAUGUCGUGUAAAGGAAUAAGUGAUGAAAAUGGCGUUCAAGUUAUCAACCUCAUUGGGAAUCGCGAAAAGUACGUUCCAGAUUUUUUGUUUGAAGAAUUAGUUAAUAAAACUGGUUUGGAGCGGGACUUGGUCUUGUUUUCAAUUUUCAAUCGAAUUUUUAAUCUUACUAUGUUGGAGACAUAUACGAAGAGAAUCAAACAUCUGACAAACAAUGAACUUCGUAACGUAGAGAAGUUAAAGUUGCUGGGGUUGAAUAACAAUCAGAAAGGAAAUUUAGAUGCGAUUCGUUUCACGGAUAUGAGUCAUGUGAAAUCGUUGUAUUUGUAUGGAAAUAAUCUAACAAGCAUACCGAGGAAUAUUUUGUCCACUUUACCAGAUCUAGAAGUACUGCACCUUGGUUAUAAUCGCAUUUUAGAUCUCAAAGGGGAAGAACUAAAAGGUGUCAAUGUACAUACGCUGUACAUGCAGCGCAACUCGAUCUCCUCCAUAGAAGACAAUUCGUUUAAACAUCUGAAGAAGUUAUCGACACUUCACUUGUGGUCCAACAAACUGAAGAGCAUAAAACCAAAAUCAUUCAGCGGGUUAAUUGAACUUCGGAAAUUAUUUUUGGAUGAUAACAAACUCUCCGACAUUCCGCGUGAUGUGUUUUCAAGCAAUCCAAAGUUAACCGUGCUGUCCCUCCGUAAUAACAAUUUACAGAACACUUCUCUUGUUGCGCUGCAAGAUUUGAGAGAACUCGAAUACCUAUUUUUAAAUGGCAACCACUUGACUCAAAUCGCUCAUGUAGUGAACAUCUCAGACAGAUUUCCGCGUCUGAAAGUCUUGGAUGUGAGAGGUAACGAUCUACACUGCGAUCAAAACUUACUUUCAUCUCUGCAAGCAGUUAAAGAGAAAGUGUUAGGAAGCUGUUCCCAUCCGGAGAAGCUGAAGGGUAAAUUGCUGAAAGAAUUCACUUCGGAGGAUAUAAACGAAUGCAAAGAUGGAGAAGCAGCGUGCAAUAAUGAAACUCAAAAGAGUAAUGGAAGAAAAGUUGAGAACAUGAUGUUUUUAUGUGCUUUACUUUCCAUUUCUUCAUUUCUUAUUUCGCGCUGAAACUAUUUAUAUUGUUGCCUCGUUAACCCAUAGACUCCGAAGUAUUGUCAUGCUAUCUAUUACCCAUAACUCGUGACCACUUAACUUUUAAAAUUUUAAAAUGAGAUCCAUGAAAGAGGUCAGUGCUUGAGUUCACCAACAUUGACGUAGCAAGUGGCCAGACAUCGGGUUCAAAGUCGAAAGAUUGUCGGCAAAAAAACAUGGAUAUUUUGAGUUUUUUGAAAAAAUGCUUCGGAGUGUAAGGAUUAAGGUUUUUUCACGUAGCAAUAGACGAACAUUUUUUGUACGAUAAAUUUUAAUUCAAUAUUUUUGUAACCCCUUUAUAAUUGUUUAACAUUUUAUAAUUUUUGUAAAUUUAUGCUUAAAAAUAAUUUACCUGGAUUCA